AUGUACCUGUCAGGUUACCCAUUUUCGAGAAGUAAGUUCUGGAUUUUUCAAAGUUCAUCCUCAAUACUAUCUGUUGAACAAAUUUUUCUAGCCCUUUGUGCCAAACACCUGACUAGAUUCCGUUUUUGUUGGAGAGGUAUUAAACUAGCGAAGUUUGUGUAUUGUCCAGACCAGGUUUUCUUCCGACAGACGCUCCUCCGGAUGCUACAGUCAGAUCUCCUGUUUGGAAGGGCAUCUAAGAAAGGAAGUGAACCAGCCGAUUCCACCUCCAACGUGAAAUCGGUCAACUGAUGGCGCCUUGACCAAGCUCUCUCGGGAACCUUCCCAGCACCAAGGGUUCGCAUAUCAUUCUCUACUAACCCUAUUUUACGCGCAGAAGGUCAGGAUAGACUGCCACCUCAGACCGCCUCAAUGUGCAUCUACUCAUUCAUUCGUUCCUGCGGCGAAGGUUAUAUUGGUCGUACGAGUCGGCGCCUUUCCAAAAAAAUACGAGAGAACCUUCCCGCAUGGCUGGCAAAGGGUAAAACUAGGAGAAUAGACAGCGCCAUCCUAGCGCUUCUAGUGGAUUCAGGGCAUCGUGUGGACCCCGCUGAAACAUUUCGUGUGAUUUACAAGGUCCCCUCGAGCUACCCUAAGCUACUGGGCCAACGCCUGUUAGCAGCAGCAGAAGCGGCCGCCAUCAGGUUACGAAAACCGACCCUAUGCGCCCAAAAGAACCUUGUUCAGGCUCCGCGCUUACCGUUGUCAAAUGUUGACUAA